UAAAAUCUCUCUUUCUCUGCUCUUGGCAUCUUCAGUCUUUGCAACCUAAGGAUCAUCAAAAACAAACUCAUCCACUUCAACUACUGCUGUGGUUUUGCAUGGGGGCCUCCCAAAUGUAACCGUGGUUCCUGUGGGAAACUUUAUUUAUGUAAUUCACCCCGACCACCUAUAAUAUGUUCAAAGAAUGUCCGCCACAAUGGUCAGUUCUAGCAGCCAAACUUGAUUAGAUUUGUUUGUGGUUCCCUUUUGCAGGGCUAAAGUCUAGGCCCUCAGCGUAACCCUCCCUGGAUCCAUCUCCACUGCAGAAUUAAUGCAAUUUGAUGACACUUUUAAUUGCCAUGGCUCAGAACUAUGUAAUCCUGGGAGUUGUAGUUUGGGAAGGCAGCAGCCCUCUUUGGCAGAGAAGACUAAGGACACUGCAAAUUCCUGCCCCCAUGAUUCCAGAGCACUGAAGUGAAAGUGGCACCAGACUGCAUUGAUCCCAGUGUAGUUUCACUCAAGGCCUUUGGAAUCACCUAAUACAGACCUAUACCAUAAGGAGGUUUGCUGUCUGAUAACACUGAUAAUUCAGUGUAUGGGAUCCUGGGAUGUUUUGGUUUCCAACUCCCAGAAGCCUCCUCUUCCUUGGACAAGGAUUACAGAUUGAGGGAGUUAAAGUCAAACAUCCAGAGGAUAUCAGUGUGGGAACUGUUCCUUUAAGUUAUUCAAACCCUCUCCUGUUCCUGGGGAAAUACCUUGAAAGCAGCAUCUCCCCAUGUCUUUCAGAGGGAGGUUUUGCUCUAUGGCUUCCAAAGAGUUAAAGCAAAUGAUAUGGAUUCCUAGAGGGGAAGUCAAUGGCCAAUGCUAAGCCUCCUGCAGGCGAGGUCCCUCCUCUUCUGGCCAUGUGGGAAUCUUCCUGGAGGAGGAGGAGUGACUGGGUGAGCCUUGCAAGGCUUGUGGAGGAGGAGAGAGUGUGCCUUCCCAAGAGGGAGAUGGCUCUUCUGCCCAGGCUGGAGCCUGGCUGCAAGGACACAGGGCAGGUGGGAAAGCAAGAAGCCUUAGACCCUGAGCCAAGCACGGACCCUCCUGCCUUUCCUGCUGGGAAUGGAGGGCAGUUCUGGGAAGGAAGCCUUUUGGGGAAGGGGCUGCUGGGAGACAGCCCAUCUUCAGAGGCAGAGAGCCAGAGCUUCAGGCUGUUCACCUACAAGGAGACUUUGGGGCCCCGAGAGGUUUGCAGCCACCUCCACUCUCUCUGCUGCCUAUGGCUGAAGCCUGAGGAACAUACCAAGGCGGAGAUGCUGGACCUGGUGCUCCUGGAGCAGUUCCUGGCCGUCCUUCCUGCGGAGAUGGAGCGCUGGGUGAGGGAAUGUGGGGCAGAGACCAGUUCCCAGGCCGUGGCUUUGGCUGAAGGAUUCCUCCUGAGUUGGGCAGAAGAGCAGACAGAGAAGCAGCAACAGGCACAGGACUUGUGUGCAGAAGUGGCCAUUGCAUUGGAAAGGCCUCCCUCCAUGUGCAGCCGGAUGCUGGAUUGCACAGGACAAAGGGAACCACCCAGAUCCACAAGAGGUGAAUCAGAACGAACACAUACUGGCUUCCCUCUUCCUUUUGAUGAACGCAACACACAUUCUAUGACACCAGAUCAGGUGACCUUACAAGAGGUGGCCAUGUCUUUCAGUGAGGAGGAGUGGGCCCUGCUGGAUCCGGACCAAAGGGCCUUGCAUCAACAAGUCAUGAAGGAAAAUGUGGAGACUGUGUUCUCACUAAAAACUCACAGAGAAGGGGAAUCAUCUCAAUACCUGGACUGUGCAGAUAAGAAGGACCUGGGCCCCUCUGGACAGCAAGCAUUGUACACUAAGAGGAAGCCCUUUAUGUGCUUGGAGUGCGGAAAAUGUUUCUGUAAUAAGAAAAGCACUGCUCGUCACCAAGCAAUGCACACUGGAGAUAAAAAGUUCAAAUGCUUGGAGUGUGGAAAGGGCUUCAUUAAGAAGAUAGGCCUUACCUAUCAUCAAGCUACCCAUACUGGGGAAAAGCCAUUUAAAUGCUUGGAAUGUGGAAAGGGUUUCACUCAAAAGAUCGGCCUCACCUAUCAUCAAGCUACCCAUACUGGGGAGAAGCCAUUUAAAUGCUUGGAGUGUGGAAAGGGCUUCAUUCAGAAGAUGCAUCUGACUUACCAUCAAGCAAUUCAUUCUGGGGAGAAACCAUUUAAAUGCUUGGAGUGUGGAAAGUCUUUUAUUAUGAAGAGACAGCUCACUUCUCAUCAAACAAUUCAUUCAGGGGAGAAACCCUUUAAAUGCAUGGAGUGCGGAAAGGGCUUCAUUCAGAAAGCAAGCCUCAGCUAUCAUCAAGCAAUCCAUUCUGGGGAGAAGCCAUUUAAAUGCUUGGAAUGUGGAAAGAGUUUCACUCAGAAGACAAGGCUCAUCUAUCAUCAAGCUACUCAUGCUGGGGAAAAACCCUUUAAAUGCUUGGAUUGCAAAAGCUCUUUUACAGACAAAAGAUGUCUAAUUGCUCAUCAAGCAACACACUCUGGGGAAAAGCCAUUCAAAUGCUUGGAUUGUGGGAAGGGUUUCACACGGAAGGCAAGCCUCACACAACAUCAAAGAAUCCACACUGGGGAAAAACAUUUCACCGUUUGAAGUAGGGGUCCCCAAACUUUUUAAACAGGGGGCCAGUUCACGGUCCCUCAGACCGUUGGAGGGCCAGACUAUAGUUUUUUUAAAAAAAAACUAUGAACAAAUUCCUAUGCACUUCACAUAUCUUAUUUUGAAGUAACAAAAAACUAAAAGGGAACAAAUACAUCAUCAUCAUCAUCAUAAAAAUGAUAAAGAGGGUUGGAAGAGACCCCUUGGGCCAUAUACUCCAACCCCCCUUCUGCUUUUGUGCACCAAAACAUAAUCAAAGCACCUCUGACAGACAGCCACCCAAUAAUAAUAGCAACAACAACAACAACAACAACAUAAUAAACAUGGUUGGAAGAGACCCCUUGGUCCAUCUAGUCCAACCUCCUUCAGUCUUUGUGCACCAAAAUAUAAUCAAAGCACCCCUGGCCAACAACAACAAUAAUAAUACUGUAAUAAUCAGGAUUGGAAGAGACCGCUAGCCUUCAGGAAAAAUGAAUCCAGAACAGGGCUGCAGAGUUUUCUUUCAGUCAUUCACAUUGGACUCGUGCUUGUUUCGCCGCACACGCAUGCGCCUCGCUCUAACUCUGGCUAUGCGAAUUCCCUCUUUGUGGAUGCGCACGUGAUGAAUCAAGAAUGGAGGCGUGCCUGUGGCGAAAGGAAGAAACCUCCCUCUUUACCACGCCGCGCGGACUACCUCCUUGUUUUGCCAUGCGCGCAUCCACAAGGAGGGAGUCUGCACAGCAAGAUAAAACGGGAGGCCUCUUCUUUUCGCCACAGGUACUCCGUUGUUGUUUUGCCUCCUCCAUUGCUGAGGAAAGUGUGCACGGGGCGAGGGAGCAGGGAAAGGCACUUGCCUUUCUCUGCUCCCUCGUCUGACCAGUGCACUCCUUUCCUGAUGCUGCUGCGCCAUCCUCCUUUCCCUGUGCGCCAUCCUCAAGGGAGGAGAAGGGAGCUACCGCCGUGGGGGCCGGAUAAACGGCUCCGAUGGGCCACAUGUGGCCCACGGGCCGGAGUUUGGGGACCCCUGAUUUGGAGUGUGGAAGAAAUUUCAAACUGAAGCGAACCCUCCAUCUUCAUCAAUAAAUGCCCGGAGUGCAGGAAGAACUUUUGCCAGAAUAAACACCUCCCUUAUUGCCCCUCAUCCAAACCACAAGGAGACUGAACUUCUGUAAUAGAGAGAGAUUACUUUAAAAUAGUAUUUCUUUGUUGUUGUUUUUCAGGAAUGACUGGAA